GAAAAAGUCAAAAAAGUGUGCAAAUUUGUCAUUUGAAACUUGAAUUUCUUUUCUUGGUUCCCAGCUUUCAUGAGCGUUUAUCAAAAUUAUUUUCACUGUAAAGGACGUUUAUGGUUAUUAAAAAAUCACGAAAAAUCAAGUUAAAAAUGCAACCCUGAAAUAACUCCCAAUUAUGGAUCAAUGUGACACUGUCCUUGAAGAGGGAGAAAUUGCUAAUGCUUCGGAUGAAGAUUAUACACCUUUGGAAAGGCCAGCAAAUUACUCUUGUUCCCUACCUCAACCUAGGCUUCCACUGAACCUCGUCUCUGAGAGUGAAGAGGAAUGGCAGUCCAGUGAUAGCAGUAGUGACUCAGAUUCAAAAACAAAAAACAGAAAAAAGCCCAAAAUUAAGUUGAGGCCCCCAGUUCCAUCUCAGCCUACUGAUGAUAAAAGAAAGAAGUAUGACAUUUGGAGUACUAGGUUGGAAGGAGAAAACCUUUCAGAAACGCUUCUCAAUAGCCUUGAUGUAAUUAAGAAAGAUAGAUCCCGUUUUGUGGAAUCAUAUGACUAUACUUUAGCAUAUAAGUAUUAUGAAAAUCAAACUGACCAAACCAACAAAGAAAAAGUUAGAACAAACAACAAGAGAACAAGAGAUGACAGGAAUAAUGUGAAUUUUAGACAAAGGAAAAGGUCAAGCAGUAUUGAGAAAAUCAAAGGAACAACAAGAAGUAUCCCAAAUUUAAAAUCUGACAUAAAUAGUACUGCUGAGGAGCUAGCUAAAGAUAUAGCAAACAAAUUAUGUGAGGAGAAAGAAGACUUAAUUUUGAAAGUUAUAAAUUCACUUGGUAAAAAGAGGGCUAUUGAUAUAUUUGAGGAAACUAAACAAGUUGAGGAAGAUGGUGGCAUGCUCAUAAUGAACCAAAAGAGGAGAAGAACGCCAGGUGGAGUUUAUUUAUUUUUAGUGAGAAAUGACUACCAUAUCACAUUUGAUCAGAAAAAUGAAAUAUUUGGUGAAGAAAGACAAAAACAUAAGCAGAUGCUCAAAGCUAAACAAAAGGCAAAAACUCUCAAACUCAAAAGUGAGAUUGCUGCAGCCAGGGCAAAAUGCUUACCUGAUCUUCUGACAAGAGCUAAACUCCUGGCAUCUCAAAAUUCUGAUAGGAAAGUUAAGGAUGAUAAUGAAGAAACAGAUUUUGUGAAUCCUCCCCCAACUCCAGAAACUGAUGGACAUGAAAAUAGUGGGGAUGGCAUGGAUGUACCUUCUACUGUAUCUAAUGGUUGUGGUCCACUAGACCAUCCACGAAGGCAGCUCAAUGUGUAUGAGGAGGAUUUUUUGGAUAUUGGAACAUCAGCAGAUAUGGAUCUCUUUUAAAAAUUAUCAUGUAAUUUUCACUUAUAAAUUUAUUAUUGUAUACACGGUGUUCACUUUGUUCUUGUUUUAUGAAGAAUAGAUAAAAACAUUUCAAAAUGGAAAC